AUGAUGGCUCUAAUACAUGUUUCACUUUUCAGCUCCAAACCAAAUUCUUUUUUCAUUUACCUAAUGUUCAUGGCCGAGAGCACGAAUAUCCUUAUGGAUGGAGCUCUUCGUAUGCUGGUCAAGCCAGGAAGCAAGAUGAGAAAUCUGGUCCCGUUUGCUGUCGAAAAGUUCAAAUCGAAUGACUGCCAAAAGGUGGUUUGGACUAGCGUAGGCGGAGCGACAGGGAAGACUGUCAGUUGUGCCGAGCAAUUCAAACAGUUGGUAGCAUCUGCGCAAACACCUUCCUCUAGCACAGACAGCCAGACCUUGUACCAGUUUGUCGAUAUUCGUUACGACAGGCGUCUUUGUGUUGAUCCCGUCGCCUCCGUUCGAUACUGCUUGGAAGAACCGUGUAUCAGUAUUUACAUUUCGAAGACGCCUCUACCGCAAGGUGGUCCCGUCUCACUAUCCCUAACGAGCUCAUCAUUUUUGGAGUCUAUAAGUGCGGCUAGCUCUGCGGAAACCUUAGUAAAACCUCCAACUCGCCGCUGCCUGGCGCACAAGAAAAGGCGCAAAAGGGAUCGGACCAACGACAUGCCGAGGACGAACCCACAAACCAGCGAUCAGGAGUCUCUGAUUGCCGGCGAUCCGUUGGACGAAUCUCCUCUUUCAUCUUUUGUAUCGGAGUCCCCAAGGCUUGCACCUGCUUUGCAGUUCGUAUCAGCCAGCAUCAAUGAAUCAAUGCACAAGAAUCGAAAGCGAAAACGUUGAACGCGCUUUCCUUAAUUGUCUACCUCUCACGUCAUUCAUCUUCAGUCUGCUGCCUCGCAGAUCAAUUGCUUCCUUUUAUAAGAAUGCACUUAUCUAUAUUUCGAUUGUAUUGGAUUCAAAUUGCAAUGUACAUCUCAUGUGGAGAGCGUUUUGUUGGUUUUAUGUUGCGGUGUACAACUGAAGUCCACUUUCGAUCAAGCCACUUUGUCCGUUGCUACACGCUGGAUCACCAGUUUUAGCGCUUUUUAUUACAGCCUCUUCUAUCCAUGGGGCCACUCGGAAUGCGGGCUUCACUGGAUUGUCCCACUUUAAUUUGAGAUCACGGCUUGGAAGCUCUCCGUUUGUGAUUGGAUACGUCUGAUCCGUAUGAACGGGGCUCAAAAUG